AUCUUUUGGACCCGGAGGAAGAAUGGAGACGCUGCUACUCAAAGCGCCCCGGAAAAGGCAAGUGACCGCUAUUAUGAUUCUAUUACUGUUGUGGGAGGCGGGCGGUGCGACCCUUAAAUAUUCUGUGCUAGAAGAGAGGGACAGCGGCUCUUUUGUGGCCAACCUAGCAAAAGAUCUGGGGCUGGGCUUAGGGGAGCUGGCCGCGCGUGGCGCCCAGAUUCUUUCCAAAGGGAACAAACAGCAUUUGCAGCUCGAGCAGAAGAGUGGGAAUUUGCUCCUAAAGGAGAAACUGGACCGGGAAGAGCUCUGUGGUGACACGGAUCCAUGCAUACUGCAUUUCCAGCUGUUACUGAAAACCCCAGUGCAGUUUAUUCAAGGUGAACUACAGCUCCGAGAUGUAAAUGACCAUGCCCCAGAAUUCUUGGAACAGGAAAUCCUCCUGAAAAUCCCGGAAAGUAGCCAUCCGGGGACUGCAUUUCCUUUGAAAAAAGCUCAGGAUUUAGACGUGGGCAGCAACACAGUUCAGAACUACACAAUUAGCACCAACACCCAUUUCCACCUCUUCACUCACAAUCACAGCGAUGGCAGGAAAUACCCCGAACUGGUGCUGGACAAAGCGCUGGACCGCGAGGAGCAGCCAGAGCUCAGGUUAACCCUCACGGCGCUGGAUGGUGGGUCACCGCCCAGGACUGGGACUUCCCAGGUUCUUAUUGUGGUUCUGGACAUAAAUGACAACUCCCCUGAAUUUACUCAGUUGCUUUAUGAGGUGCAGGUCUCAGAGAACAGCCCUGUAGGCUCCCUUGUCAUCACUGUCUCCGCUAGAGAUUUAGAUGCUGGGACCCACGGAGAGAUCUCCUACUCAUUUUUCCAAUCCUCAAAUCAAGCCGUUCAGGUGUUUGAAAUAAACGCAGUCACAGGAGAAAUUCGAUUAAAACGAAUGUUGGAUUUUGAGGAAAUUUGUUCUUACCGUUUGGAAAUUGAGGCUUCAGAUGGUGGAGGCCUUUCAGGCAAAUGCACCGUAUCCAUAGAAGUGAUGGAUGUAAAUGACAAUGCCCCGGAACUGACCAUGUCAUUUCUCGUAAGUGAUAUCCCAGAAAACACCCCUGACACUGUGGUAGCUGUUUUUGGAAUUUCAGAUAGAGACUCCGGGGACAAUGGCAAAAUGAUGUGUGUCAUCCAAGACAAUCUCCCCUUCCUUCUCAAACUCACCAUAGAAAAUUUCUACACCUUGGUAACAGAAGGAGCGCUGGACAGAGAGAGCCAGGCCGAGUACAACGUCACCAUCACCGUCACCGACAUGGGGACCCCCAGGCUGACAACCCAGCACCACAUAACCGUGCUGGUCUCCGACGUCAACGACAACGCCCCCGCCUUCACCCAAACCUCCUACACCCUCUUCGUCCCCGAGAACAACAGCCCCGCCCUGCACAUCGGCAGCGUCAGCGCCACCGACGCCGACGCGGGCGCCAACGCCCAGCUCACCUACUCGCUGCUGCCGCCCCCGGACCCCGGCCUGCCGCUGGCCUCGCUGGUGUCGGUCAACGCCGACAACGGCCACCUGUUCGCCCUGCGGGCGCUGGACUACGAGGCCCUGCAGGCCUUCGAGUUCCGCGUGCGCGCCACCGACCGCGGGGCGCCGGCGCUGAGCGGCCAGGCGCUGGUGCGCGUGCGCGUGCUGGACGCCAACGACAACGCGCCCUUCGUGCUGUACCCGCCGCAGAACGGCUCUGCGCCCUGCACCGAGCUGGUGCCCAGGGCGGCCGAGCCCGGCUACCUGGUGGGCAAGGUGGUGGCGGUGGACGGCGACUCGGGCCAGAACGCCUGGCUGUCCUACCAGCUGCUCAGGGCCACGGAGCCCGGGCUGUUCGGCGUGUGGGCGCACAACGGCGAGGUGCGCACGGCGCGGCCGCUGAGCGAGCGCGACGCGCCCCGCCACCGGCUGCUGGUGCUGGUCAAGGACAACGGCGAGCCGCCGCUGUCGGCCAGCGUCACGCUGCACGUGCUGCUGGUGGACGGCUUCUCGCAGCCCUACCUGCCCGCGCGCGACGCGGCGGCCGACGCGGCCCCGGCCGACCCGCUCACCGUCUACCUGGUGGUCGCGCUGGCGGCGGUGUCGUCGCUCUUCCUGUUCUCGCUGCUGGCGCUCGUGGCGGUGCGGCUGUGCCGGCGGAGCGGGGCCGCCUGGGCGGGGGGCUGCGCGGCGCCCGGGGGCCGCUUUCCGGGCCCCCUGGUGGACGUCAGCGGCGCGGGGACCCUGACCCAGAGCUACCAGUACGAGGUGUGUCUGACGGGAGACUCCGGGAGUAAUGACUUCAAGUUCCUGAAGCCGAUUAUCCCCAACUUUAUGGGUGAAUGGGCUGGUAGGGGCACCGAGGAUAACACUAACCUUAGAAAUAAUUUUGAGUUCAGUUAGGAAUCUCAUCUUGACAAGACUUGAUAAAUGAUAAUAUUCACUAAUGUAUUACUUCCCAACCCUUUCAUUCACAGAAAGGGCUUACAUGUUCACACAUUCAUCAUUAUCGCCAUAUUUAUAGUUAUUGCAACCUGUUGAAGUAUUUCACAUUCUCAAUCUCUAGGUGCUUUUGUUGUUCGGUCGGGUUUUCCCCCUCACAUUUUGCAUGAUCAUACAAUAGCAGAGCAAUGACGUAUCUCAGGAUUUUAAGAUUUUUGGAAAUCACAAAUGUUUUCAGAUUCCUGAUAUUUGAGCUUGUUCAUUGAUAUCUUGUUAUGAUUAGGAGAAUUGUGUUUUAUGAUUAUCAGCAUGAGUCUAAGUAUUUUAAAUGAUGGCUUUCAGUUUUAAUAAUCAUUUUCACUUAUGCAAAAAAUUUUGUGAUCUCAUAAAUUAUUGGAUCCCUGUAAUGUUGUUUCAAAAAAACUGUUGUGUAUUUUUAAGUGAACUAAUAUUUUAGCUGGAUGUUUUCUAAGUUGAGUAUUUUCUUUCAAAAUUGAUAGCAUUUAAUUAGACCACCUACUAUAACUUUAAAGGAUUCAAUUCCUGUUAAAUAGAAAUAAGUAGAAAAAUAUUGGUAGACUCAUGAUUACUUUGUUUAUAAUAAAUGGUUUUGAGUAUGUAAA